GCAUUACGCAAUCCCCUGACACGCAACUGCCAAACUGCCACUUUGGUGUUUGUUUAGGGCAGGUGCAGGUGAAGGUGACAGUGAAGCAUUCGUCUCUUGAGAGAUUUCUAUCUUGUGUACGCGUGGACCCGUUCAAGGUCAACAUAACUCUUUGCAGAGGGUGAACUUCUCCUUUGACCAUCGAUAUUACGGGUUACAGGUUACACGACUCGAUACAAGCACCCCUGGACCACUUCACACCACACCAUCCAUCAUCCGUGACAAGCAUGGUCGAUCGUUGGACUUUGGCGGAUUGUCUUGUCUUCUUUUCGCCGGUUUUGUUGUUUCCAAGAUUUGUGCGAUAAUGGCCUUGAGGCAUGUCACUCGUUACCUUCUCCUGGCUGCCAUCUUGCUUGUCGGCAUCCUGCUCUUUUCAUCCUCUUCUCCGUCGGUCGUUUCCGUUGUCGAUCAUGUCAGAGAUCCUGUUGCCUACGUCGGAAGCCUGAAGGACACCCUCCCAGAUUUUCGGUUUACCUUCCACAACUCCGCCCACAAGCCGCCGGAGCAGAAGAACAGUACCCACGGUGAUAGCUCAUGGUACAGCGACUGGACAUGGCUAAACCCUUUCUCUUCUUCAGUCACCCUUGACCAAGAUCGAAUCGUCCUCCCUCCACAAGCCGACCGUCCUCCCGUCUAUGUUUUCUACGACACCACCAUCAAAAGAGAUGCCGAAACACAAAAGGUGGACCAAGAGCUUUUGCUGACCUGGAGGAGGGCAUGGUGGGCCCAAGGCUUUCGUCCUGUCAUCUUGACUGAGUCAGAUGCCAUGGGUCAUCCGCUAUACCAGACGCUGCACAGCAAAGAUAUGCCUCCGCAGCUCGAGCAAGAAUUCCGACAAUGGCUUGCUUGGGGUCAUAUGGGCACAGGCCUUCUGGCCAGCCCGUUCUGCUAUCCCAUGGCCGCCUAUCACGACCCGCUGCUGUCACAUCUUCGAAGAGGACAAUAUGCGCAAUUGACAAGGUUCGAAGGCCUUGGUCCAGGGCUGUAUGCUGGUGAAAACGCCCAGAUCAACGACGCUAUCAAAGCUGCCCUCGACAAUGUCAAAUUGAAUUCAUUCAAGACCGUCUACGAAGCCAUCCCCCCAUCUCAGUUCCAGAUUGAACAACCUACCUCGAUUGCGUUUUAUGAUUCCCAUACUAUCACCAAGAAGUAUCACAUUUUAGCGCAGCAGCUUGUCAAGGAGCCCAAUACUGGUCGACGAUCUCUGCACAAUUUGAUCGUCGGUCAUCUCCAUACCGUAUGGCAAAACACAUUCAAAACCGGAAUUGCCGUGCUACAGCCACUUGCUGCCCAUACAUUUACACUUGUCAAACCCUCCAAAGAUUUGGCCAAUCUACUCCUUCAGUGCCCUCCUUCCCUGCUGCAAUCUUCAUGUCCACCAAAUCAACCAAAAUGCAGUCCAUGCGUUGGCUCCAAAAUGACCGUCACGGUGGCCCCUUCGUUUCGGAAUACGUCGAGCCUAUUCACUAUCGCCAUUGUGCCACAUCCUUAUACCAUGAUUACUCUAACAAACCAGACUGACUCCAUUUCUGUGGGCCAUAUUAGACGUCACACCCCGCGAGAUCCUUGGAUCACCGCCGUAACCCGAGACAUCCUGGGUGAUGCGCGUGGUGGACCCAGCCGUGUGGUCAGUCUCAAAGACGCCGUCGCUUCCGAAUACGGUCGAAGUCGAACACUGUGGUUUACCACUGAGCACUUUCCAGAGGCAUUCUGGCCACCACCGCCCCCUCCAAAGUCCCCCUCCAACGAUCCCCAUCCGAACCAGGAAAGAAUAGCUCCCUUUCCAGAUGACUGGCUGGAGGAGCUGGAUUGGCACUUUGGCUUUCCAAUUCCUCGCACCUCCCUAUCCCACGGCGAGUCACUUCCUCCAGUGCCAGGGCCGGAGCGCUGGAAAGCUCCCGCUGGUGUUCCCCAAGAACGAAAGAAGAGUUCCGACCCUGACCCACCAUCUGACGAGCAGAGAACCAUCGAGACCAAUCUUCUGCGAAAGGCGAGGGCCACCCUAGACAGCAAGGAUGAACAUUUUCGGACUAUUCGUGCCGUGGCUGAGGCGUGGAACCUGGCGGAUACCGAAGCGUGGAAAUUUGUCAAAAGCUAUCGUGCUCGCCAGAUCGUAGAGCGAAUGCAGUUCGAGGAGGAAGAGUCGUCAUACAGCCUUGGAGGGUCUCGAGGGAACACUCGUUGGUGGCGCCAAUAGACCAAUUCAUUGCUUAGCAUUCCAGCACGAGAAUCAAGAUCUGUCAGGACAGACUUCUCUCGGUCAUGCCAAAGACGUGAAUCAUUCCUGCCGAGUUCAACCAUUCCACGCGACGAAACUCCCCGCUAUGAGGUAAACAAGGCACAUGUUAAUGACUAUGUUUUGUCCUGAUAGUGGCGGACUCGAAUUAAAGCCACUGAAGAUUAGCAUCUGAACAUCGAGACAGAUGUUUGCCCCGAUGACAGCGAAGAACGUCGUGCAAUACACCUCGUGUAGCAUCAAACUUGGCAUCGUUCUCGCUUGACCUAGGAGCACAAUCAUUUUCGACAGCCAUAUGAGCAUGAUACAGCGGAGAGUCAUGUCGACAACCAAAAAUAUGGUCCUGGACUUGCCGAGAAGGAGUGGCAAAGAAGGAUGAGGCUGAUGAUGGUUGUUGACGCUCUGCGAUGACUCAUGGCUAUGAUAUGUUCGCAGGGGCAAUGUGUUGAUCAUACUGUGUGCUGUCGACGAUGUGCCUAGUUGUGAGGAUGGCCCAUGAUUCUCUGGGAUGAGGGAUGUUGGAACUAGACCAUCAAAGGGAUGGUCUUCAUUGGGCCAAUGAACCCUCGGACAGCGCAGCAAAUUCUCCCAGCUUCCUUCCCAAAUACACGUGGCCAGUUCACGGAAUACGUUGAUACCUUUGAGCCUCGCCUUUGAUUUCAACAUGACACAAGGUCUUGACAUAUCUCUGAACGCCAGUGUCGCACAGCACAUGCCUAGGUCGCAUGGAUGCCAACCGUCGCCAUCAGGAAAGGGGUAAUGGCCACCCGGUUGGAGAUGUGGCUUGAUUUCAGGCCAACGUGUCUGCACCGUCUCGUAUAUCGUUUCUGCAUCUCGACCCGUCAUUCGAGUCUGAGUGUUGGGGUAUGUAGAAUUAAAGGCGGCCGCAAUAGUGUCAAACGAGAGGACGGUUCGAACGUGAUACCAGAUGACGAAACGGACAUCGGACGCCAGCCAUACAUGGCCAGACGCUAGUUGGACGAGAAACAGUUGGCCGACUCGGUCUGGGGAUAACAUGGGCCUGCUUCUAAGUUUCCCUUGCCAUGGUCCUGGCCCUAGCGGAUCCGCAUGUUGUGAGUCUAGCAGAAGUUUGUUUGGCGACAUCGGAGGAAGUAUCAAAAGUCUUGGGACCGAUUAGAGUCUGGUGCGCUGGUAUCGGAAAUCUCGUACCGACGGCCCGGAGGAGCGAAUCCCACAGGACAAGGUGCUCAGACUAGUGUUUAUCAGCACCAAUUUCUGAUGAUGGGGCAUGGAGAGAACGAUUGGGAUUUACUUAAGGAACCAGGGUUGUUUGCUACAAAUCCUGGCGUGGCAUUCCUCUUGGUAGGCAUGACAACGCAAAUGUGUAUAAACUUGCAUUCCACAAGGCUGGUUGCGGGUGCACACAUGAAAAUGACGUGUUAGGGGGAUGAUCUACUGUUGGUCCUUGUCGUGUUGUCACUUCUAAUGACCUUGGUCCUAGAGAAGUACUUGAUGUCCACGAAGGUCCAAUUCAUCUGGGAGUAUCAAAAAUCCAGUGAAAUGCACCUGCUUCAGAUACCAAUGAUAUCUAUUUACCCCAGCUCAA